AUGCCCAUAUUGGGCGCUUUAAGGUACUUUAAGGCAAGGCUGUGUUUUUGGGCAACGCCGCCUCACGCCGGCAUUGUCAAAUCUUGGCCGGUUGUCAGCAUGCACGAUGUGCGCGAACUCACCAACGUCCGUCGCGCGCACGAGCGUUUACGUUUCUCCCUCAUCUGCUUCACGCGACGUGCAAGCGCAAACCUCGGGGCUGAGGCGUGUAAAUCAGCUUGUACAAAACCUCUCAGCGGAAUCGAUCGCGCAAGGUCCCAACAAUGGCGCCGCUCCCCUCACCAGUUCUACAUCGUGAAGCGGACAAAAAGGUUGUCUUCGCGAAAAGUAGUCCAAUGACCUGAUCUUUCUGAAGAAGGUGAAAACAAAUGCGAGAGCAGGCUUGGAUGAGCUCUGACCAGAGAAUUUCUGACCUUGACCAGCUUACUGAUUCCUGUUUUACUUAGCCAGAACUUGCAUCCACUUAAUAUUAUUAUGUUCUAC